AUGCCGCUAGAGGUUCUACCGAAAGCUUGCCAAUUACUUUUAGGUGUCACGUUCAGAUCCUACCAAGACGGCGAAACAGUACCGCUCCUGGUGAACAAGGUUUACAGCGAGGAAUCGGAACUCCAAUACGCGUACACCGAGCUCCCAUUCGCUUGCCCCCCCACCGGCCGCGUGCGGGCAGGCCGAUUUUCGAGCGGAGCCAGCAUUUCAUUGAAUUUAGGCGAAGUACUGCGCGGCGAUCGAAUAACAGUCUCGGAUUACCGACUCGCGUUGGGCCGUGAUGAAGAGGCUAAAUACUUAUGCUCGAAAGAAAUUGAUGCUGCUGCUAUACAGAAGACAAGGUUGCUUAUCCAAAAUGAGUACAGGGCGGAGUGGAUCGUGGACAAUUUGCCCGGCGCGACCAGCUUCAUGAGCACCGACAAGAGUAGGAAAUAUUAUGCUGCGGGAUUCAAGAUUGGAGAGGUGGUGAAGAAUACGGAUGGCAGUCCUGAAUUUGCCAUCUACAACCAUGUCACGCUUGUUCUGAGAUGGCAUCGUGCGCCAGGAAAAACCGGCGAGAAGGGGAAGAAGGUCAUUGUGGGAUUCGAAGUCUUUCCGAAGAGUAUCUCCGCGAAUGGCCGAAAGAUUGACGGGCUACCACCAUCCGGUGACGUUACUCACGAUCCCUUCAUCCUUACUGUACCCUCUAAUACAACAGACGUGCGCGAUACACCAGACGCAAGUAUCACAAUCCCGUUCACCUACUCAGUGUACUGGCGUGAAGACGAGAAGCUCGAGUGGAAGAACCGGUGGGACAUGUACUUUGUGGCAUCGGACGACAGCUCAAACGUACAUUGGCUUGCGAUUUUGAAUUCGCUCGUCAUUGCUGGCCUCCUCACAGCUGUUGUGGCCGUGAUCUUGACUCGCACCAUCCGGGGUGAACUCAAGGAUGACAGUAUCAGGCUCAAGCCCACGAAGCAACGGCCAGCAGGCUCAGCCAAGAAAGGCAGUGGUCUAUUGGGCUCAAUCGACGAUAUCGAGGGUGCGGCUGAUGUUUCAGACGAUGAAGACGAGGACAUCGCAGGAUGGAAGCUUGUCCACGGAGACGUCUUCCGCGCCCCUGCCCAUGCCAGUCUUCUCUCUGCACUCAUCGGAUCCGGUACCCAACUUCUUUUUGCAAUAGUCGGCAUUCUCGUCCUCUCCGCCGUCGGUAUCCUGAACCCAAGCUUCCGCGGCGGCUAUGUCAGCGUCGGCAUCGGCCUCUGGCUUUUCGCAGGUCUUUUCUCGGGCUACUUCUCCUCGCGCCUAUACAAAACUUUCGAUCUCCAGCACUGGCAACAAAACGUCUUCCGUACAGCGUCCCUCGUCCCUGGUCUCCUCUUCGCAACAAUCUUCAUUCUCAACCUCUUCGUUUGGAUCCAAGCCUCUAGCACCGCGCUCCCCUUGACCACGCUCAUUGCCCUCGUCGCCCUAUGGCUAUUCAUACAACUCCCACUCGUCUACAUCGGCGGCUGGUACGGAUAUACACAAGUCGGCGCUUACGCUCAGCCCAUCAAAGCGAACGUCAUCCCAAGAAAAGUCCCACAGCAGGGGUACACUAGGAGCGUGCAGGCAAUUUUACUUGCCGGGUUCAUCCCGUUCAUGGUUGUGUUUAUUGAAUUAAUGUUCGUGUUCAAGAGCUUGUGGUUGGAUAAAAGUGGGUACUACUAUAUGUUUGGGUUUCUAAGUGUGGUGGGGGUUAUCUUGGGGGUCACGGUAGUAGAGGUGGCGGUCGUGGCGACGUACGUGCAGCUUUGUGUCGAGAACUAUCACUGGUGGUGGCAAUCCUUCCUCGUCGGCUUUUCGUCCGCAUUUUGGAUCUUCGCGUACCUUGUCUACUACUUCUAUACCAAAUUGCACAUCAGCGGAUUCAUAUCGAGCAUGCUGUUCUUCGCGUAUGGCGCGUUGGCAUGCGUGGUGUACGGAUUAUUAGUGGGCACGAUAGGAUUCGUGGCGAGUUAUGUUUUCGUCAGGAGGAUUUAUGCGGCAGUCAAGGUGGACUAG